CCAGCGGGUGCCCGCGGGCUGCUUGAUAGGAUGAGGUACAGUUCGGAAGAUGAAAUUUGAAUGAACUGGUGGAGGGAGAGAAAGGGGCUCUCUCCAAUUUGAUGGAACCCCUCCAACUCAUAACACCAACUACACAAAACCAACCCAUGACCUCACUCUCACUCUCACUCUCUCUCUCUUCCAAACUCAAGCUCAAACGACCAAAUCCAUUCUGGUUUUCUUCUUACUCUCAGUUCAGAGCCUUUUCUUCUUACUCUCCACUAUCUCCAUCAAAGCCCAUUUCCGCUUCAGGAAAGGGUGUUGGGGUUAGGGCCAAGGUCUCUGACGCUCAGCUCAAAGACAACUGGUUGGCUUCUCUCUCUUGCCCUUUUCCUCAAACCCGUGAAAACUUUGACGGCACUGCAGAUUCGACCCGUACCAAUUCGGAUUCCAGUUGGGUCAUUGGGGUCGACCCGGAUCUUUCUGGUGCUUUGGCGCUCUUGAAAGGCGAUGAGUCUGGUUGUUCUGCUCAGGUAUAUGACUCUCCACACUUGAAAAUACUGGUUGGUAAAAGAGUUCGAAGACGAUUGGAUGCAAAAUCCAUUGUUCAGUUGCUUGGGAGUUUCGAUGCUCCCCUUGGGACGGUUGCAUAUAUAGAGCAGUCAAACCCGUAUCCACAAGAUGGAAAGCAGGGAUGGUGGAGUGGAGGCUUUGGGUAUGGACUAUGGAUUGGGAUCUUAGUUGCCUUGGGGUUUUCUGUUGUUCCAGUAUCAUCUAUUUCGUGGAAGAACAAAUUUGAACUCACCGGAGGCAUGUCUACAAAGGAUGAUAGCCGAAGGGUUGCGUCUGCAUUAUUUCCAUCAUUGAGUUCCAUGUUGAAAAGGAAAAAAGAUCAUGGGAGGGCUGAGGCACUUCUCAUUGCUGCAUAUGGAAAAGGGCUAAAGAUAAAGUCAGACCUAUCAUGCAACCCAGAGGUAUUGGUUCCCCAGAUUGGCAGAUUGUCAUAGCAUCCUACUUAAUCCCCAUAGCUUGUUUUAGUUUCUUUUGGGCGUCUUUUUUGAAGAAUGUGAAAGAUGUGUUGUAAAUCAAGGGGAGGAAUGAUCAAUGCAGCAGCUUGAAAGACUCACUCUUCUUUAGCCUCAGGAUUUGUCUCAGAUUCAUAAAAUUGGCGUGACCAUUUAUUAGGUUUAAUGUUAUUUUUGGUACAAAGGGUUAUUACCUAAGAAUGAAGGUGCUAUUGUAAAUACCUAGACUGUAUACAUGGGUCUAGAGAGUUUAUAACCCUUAUUUUAAAAUGAGUGUAACCAUUCACACUCUUCUUCUUGGGGUCCCCUCCUCAAAGGUUUGUUGACUUGACAUUGAUGAUUUCAGGAUAGGUCACGAUGGCUUGGUUAGAGCCAAGUUUUGUUGAUUAAAAGAUUGCAAUGGCAGUUGAAUUAUUGGCUUCA